AUGUUAGCCAGGUCACAACUGUUCGGCGCAACAAAAAGAGAAGUUGGAAAAGUUCGGAAGAGCGGAGGAAGAAGGAAGGGUUUGAAGCGUCUUCGAUCUCGGACCCUACACCCGAAACAAUAUUGGCUCCGAGUGCGACUUCCACCUCGCCUGCCAGCGCGUCGCCACUGGAGUGAAGAGCAAGCGGUGGCCGUUGGCGGUGAAAAAUCUCAGAUCUACAGAUCUGAAGGCCCCGCUUCCGCCCUUAAAGACCCCUCCUCCAUUCCCAACGUCUCUGAAGCCAUAGCCUCACUUAGCUCUACCGUAGAAGCCAACUCCUUAAGAGAGAAACGUCGUUGCUCCUUCGCGCCACGUCUUCACCGAGGCCAGUCGUCGGAGCCGCCUUGCUUACGUUGGAGGAAGUCACGCCGUGUACGACGGUUCGGCCUCUACCUUUGCUACCCUAACCUUCUCUCUUUUCUUUUUAAAACAAAACGCCCUAAAGCCCUAAGGUAUGUUGUUGUGACAGAAGCAAAUAAGGGAAUUGGAUUUGCAAUAUGUAAGCAAUUGGCUUCAAAUGGGUUCAUUGUGGUGUUCACAGCCAGAGAUGAGAAGAGGGGUGUUGAAGCUGUUGAGAAACUCAAAGAACUUGGUCUCCCUGGCCAUGUGGUUUUUCAUCAACUUGAUGUUAUUGAUCCGAAAAGUAUAACAUCGCUGGUAGAUUUCAUCAAAAACCAGUAUGGGAAACUGGAUAUCUUGAGAAAAGUGGUUGUUGGCUGUUGGCUUAACGAAAUUUGCAGAGGAAAAUUUGAUGUCUCAUUUGGCUGUUGGCUCCAUUUGACGUAGAUGAAGAAAGAGCAGAGGACAUUUCUGGAUAUGGCUUUUUUUAUUUCAGGCGUUCUGGCAUGUUUUGUAAAGAGGAAUUGAAGGAGAAAGUUUUCCUCUCUGGAUAUGGUUUUUGUUGUGUGUUCCUUGUAGUGUAGGUUGAAGGAAUGAAUUUGCUUGGAGGAAAAACUGUUUCUUUUUCUUUGUGUUAUAUGCUUAUGUUAUGUUAUGAAAGGAAUUGAAUAUGAUUCUAGCAUGGUGUUAA